GGCAGUUUGACUGAGUACACGGAUGGCAGAAAGUUGUGAUAUUGUUUUACAAUGAUUACUUUGGUGUUUAUUAUUCUUCCUAGUAUUGUGAUUUUCUCAGAUUCUGCACACCCUCGUGGUUAUCAGGAAAACAAAGUCAUAGCUGUGGAACUUGGUGACACUGUCUCACUGCAGUGUUCUGUAAAACAUGACACAAUUCUUUGGUUUAAGCAAAUCGCUGGACACCAGCCACGAAUCAUAUCGGUAUUUCAAAAAAAGGGUGAAACCAAUAUUUACAAUGAAUUUCAAGAUGGUCGUUUCCAGAGGAGCCACUUCAAUCUGACAAUUUCAAACAUAAUUCAAUCGGAUGCAGCAGUCUACCACUGUGGAUCAAAGGCACAUUAUGUUACUUUUGGAAAAGGAGCACAUCUGAUAAUUAUAGGUCAAAAAGAUUCAAGUACCACAGGAUCAUCAAUCUCAAAGUCUGACUAUCUGAAUGACUCCAUGGAAUGUCAACAGAGAUGCUAUGAAAACAAUACAAAACAUGUGAAGACUGAAGAACAUGAGGACCCAGUCGUGUUGGGCUUGGCAGUGACUUUAGGACUCUGUGGAGUUCUAAUCUUCAUUAUAUUGUGUUUGAUAUUUAAGGGAGGAAUGUGUCAACAGUGUCUGGUAGCAGGAGGUGCUGGACAAGACAGCAGACUUAGAGGGCUGUCAGGUACUCAGUGUGCUUUUGGUAUGUAGGCUUGAAUGCCCAAGUUUGUUCUGGUUAUGAUUCAGAGAAGACAAAAGCACAGCUUAUUAGUUGAUCAGGCAAGUUCAAGCAUUAUACUGUAGUUCUAACCCUUAAACAAAAGAGAUGAGACCAAAACAAUACCUUAGAUCUGAACAUAAAUUUAGGAGGAAUAGAGUUUACAUGUAAGCAUGUACGUGUGUUUUUGUGUGUGGGAGGCAGUGUAGUGGCGCGAGUUAAAACGUGGAUUUGCACGAUCUGUGCAAGCGUGCAUUUCUGUUUGUAUCUGUGAGAGAUGGUGUGAGUUUUGUGUGUAAAGUUGGUUGGCAUUGUGCAUCUGUGACACGUGUUGUUUUAAGCGGUUUCUUGUAACCGGUGUUUUCCUUUACCAUAGUGAUCUUUCCCCCCCACCUCGCUUAUGAUGCUCAUGACCAGUCAUCUUUGCAGACCCCUCAAAGCAUUCUCAGUAAACAACUCACCGCAACUUUAAAAUUUCCACAGGAUGUAAAGCUAUUUUUAUUUGCUAUACUCAAUGAAUGCACAGUUGAAGUUAGCGCAUAUUAAAUGCAUGCUGUCAUUUCAAGUAAAGGUGUCCGGCUAUAAAUAAAAAAUGUAAAUUAAAAGUAGGAAGUGCUUACAGAGCCAAUUUUGGAUUAAAAAAAAUGAUGAUGUGGGUGCAUGUGCAAUUUAUGAAUUGUAUCUAUAAAAUAUAUAAUAUGAUUUUUGGUUAACACUGAUACGCAGCAUGCACAAGACUAUAGCCAUACUUGAGAUGUUAGUUUUAUUUUUUCCAAUAAUUGUUAUUUGUAACUCUUUGGUAGACAGGAAGACAGCUCAUGAGGCCUACACCUCUCAGAGCAGAAACCACACUGAUGCUUAAGUUUCCAAACCAUGGUCAGCAUGUGUCAGAAAAAAAUAUUCUCAAGAAUACAGAACAAGUAGCUUUUUUAGUAGUGCAUGUGAUUCGAAACAACUUCUGUUAUAAUCUGACAAACACAUAUACAGUCAAUAAUACAUGCAUCUAUACGUCUAAUUUACUGUAUAUCUAACUGGCCUACUUCUUUAGGGCAGUUUAAUUUUUUUCAUGUACAAACUUUACCAUUACCCAACUGUUGCUGCAGUUUUUUUAUUUAUAUCCAUUCAAAGAAACUCCUUGUCUUCUGUGUGGUCAUGGGGGGCUGGAGCCUAUCCCAGCAUCUUGAGCUGCAGGUAUAGGGUAGGGUACACCCACGAUAGAUGGCCGGUUCAUCACUAGGCACUCACAGACAGACACACAUUCACACUCCUAGAAUCAAUUUAUUUACUUGUAUUCACCUAAUCUGCAAGUCUAUGGACUGUAGGGGAACUCAUACUAUCCCGAGGAAAUCCACAUUGACACCGAGAGUCCAUGCAAAUUCAGUGUGGGACUCAAACCAGUAACUGUACCACCCCUUAUUGACUGUUUAUUUAUUUUAGUUAAUCAAAACGAAAUAAAAAUAGAUGUGAUUUCACAUUAAAACUGUAUGAAUUAAAUGUAUGAAACAGAUGUGUGUAUCAAACCUUUUUUAAGUCUUGUCAGUAAAGCUUUAAAGGCAGAGAAGAAAUAUCUAAAUGUAAAUAUUGCAUUCUUAUGUAGUUAAACUCACAAGCAUUACUGCCGUUACUAAUAUUAUUUAUAGGCCUACUGUUGUAAAGAUUACCUGCAUAUGUUUGGUGUGUUACUCUGUCUUUAUAUCCACAUCCACUGAAGUCAAAAUGAUCGGUCAACAUCGUUCACGAUAUUAAUCUCUGGCGGCAUCUAGUGGUGCAAUGUUUAAUGACGCUAUCCUGAUUUAACCCUAGCGAGUGGACAAAUCACAUUUUUUCUUUGCAUUACGACAAGCAGGCACCAAAUGUAUUCUGGUUUGGAGGUAUAUAUACGACUUUAA